CGUUUUUUUGCAGUUGUAGUGGUUCCCCCAGAAACCUACACCCCGAUGAAAGGUUCUGACGGGAACGACCUGUCAGUGAUAGCAACGAUCACAUAACACCAGGCUGCUGUUGGCCGUUUUUCACGGGGAUGUAAUUGAGCUAAAAGAUCACUCACUGAAGCUCCCAAACAGCUAUGGAGGAUCCAGACAGGGCUGGAAACCACCGUCAAGACACAGCAGGUGCCGAGGAAGAGAAGAAUCAGUCUACGAAUGAGUCUGCACGUGAAGGAGGUCUGGAUAAUGUGAUUAACACAAGGCAGCACCACCACACUGGCGGCAAAAAUCGUGAUCAGGCUGAGGAGAGGUCUGUGCCUUUGACAGAUGAUGGAUGGAGUCAAGGUGAGCUCGGCAAGAACAACGUGGAGACGAGUGCCGCCUCCCCUCCACCAGACCACGGCAGAGAUGACUGUGAUGAUGGCAGAGGGGUGCAGAGAGAUGAAGCGCCGGCAAUGAAAGCAGAGGAGUUUGCUGCUGAAGAGGACCAACCGAGGAAUGAUAAAGCGCUGGAAGAGAUGACAGAAGCAAUGGUGGGCGACACAAACUACAAUCAGGUAGACGGUCCCACAGCAGUGCUCCAAGAAGACACAAACAAUGAGGAAAAAGAUAUUGGACUAGGCCUGAACACCGGUUCAAGUCCUGAAAAAGUGUUGCUGGAGGAGCCAUUGGAUGACCUAAGGAGUAAAGUGGAGACCAUUGGUCCAACCACUCAGGAAGCUGGUUUAGCAACAGAAGUCACUACCAGUCCUGGAGUUACAAGAUACCUGAUAGCACUUAGCAUGGUGGUACUUGUCGCCAUCCUGGUGCAGCAUCUCCUCCAGCCUGAGCCUCCGCUACCAAGCAGUGUUCCGCAGAUCGACAUCUUCCUUAAGGAAAUGGACAAAGUCAAGACUCGCUUCCCUCACCAGCGUCCAGAGCUGUGGAGCAGGAGCAGGAUCCACCUGAAGAGGCACCUCCUAGCGCCUCAGCCCAGCGAGCCAGUCAGUCUGAUCUUGACAGCGGGAGUCUCAGGCAGGAGGACGCUGCGGUGCCUUGCCCACGACCUGGCCUCCGCCUUCUCCACUGCCCUCAACGCUACCGUCCUUCACAUAGACUGCACCAGCAAAGUCGGUGAGGACAGCGACCAGGUGAAGCUGGACAUUGAUGGGCAGCUGCAGAGAGCCUUUGAGGGAGACAAACCUGUGGCAGUCAUCCAUCGCUUCGAGCAGCUGCCUCCAGGCUCCACCCUAAUUUUCUACCGCUACUGCGACCAUGAGAAUGCUGCGUACAAGAAGACGUUUCUCAUCUUCACCGUGCUGCUGGAGGACGAGGAGGAGAUUCCUGUCGGGGCUUCUCUUAGCAGCGUGGAGGAGAUGGUGGAUGACCACCUCCAGAGGAAGUUUCUCUCCCAUGACCACCCCAUGGCCUUCGACAGGAUGGACCUGAACAAGUACGGUGGACUGUGGAGCCGAAUUUCUCACCUCAUCCUCCCUGUGGUGACAGAGGGAAGGACUGAGGAGGAAGGCUGCUAGUAGACGCUAAGUUGUAUCCACCUGGUGACCCAACUUGAUGGUGGUAGUGGCCAUUUUGACAACUUUGUUGCUUCACCUUCAAGGCAAACAUAACACUUGUGAUGCUACUGCAAACUUUUUUUAAAUUACCUAAGGAGCACAUUUAUGAAGUGAACUUGCACUCUAAAGUAGAGAGACCUCUGCCAAGGCCAACCAAUGCUAUUUUAGACCAGUACAGCAUCUCUGCAUGUGCCUGAAUUUUGGCUGUCAAAUUGUCACUGUUAAAUUAGAUUACAUUGUACUUUAUUAAUCCCACAGCGGGGAAAUUCGCUUGUCACAGCAGCAAGCAAGAUACACAAGUAAGGAAUACAGGAAUAAGAUCAGAUAAAAAAUAGGUAUAAAAAAUAUAAAAAGUCCUUAAAUGAAGGAUUUUUUAAAUGCCCUCAGUGUUAGCUAUAAAACAAAAAUCAGAAUUAAAAUUGUGUUUUAAAAGCAUAGUUCAGAAUUUUUGACAUGAAGUUGUAUGACAUCCCUAUCAAACUCUUUACUUAAUUGGCCCCAACAACUAAGCGGAACUACGUUCCUCGUCACGGAUCUCCAACCAGGACUUGACUGACGGGGCCAAUUGGGGGGGGGGCUAAGCCACCAUUGAUGUACUACACUGCUGAUGAGGAUGUCAUACAACUUCAUGGCAAAAAAUCCAAACUAUCCCUUUCAGUAAAAAGUUUGGCUUCUGAAAACAAUAUGCGUUCAAAAAAAGAAAUAAAUAUGCAUCAGAAAGAUGCCUCCUCGAAAAAAUCAGACCUAACAAUCGCUUAAGAGUUAUUUUCUCUCCCGUUGUACCACUGCGCACUGUCGCCUGUCCAUUGUUGUGUAUGUGUUUCAGUGUUUACAUGCACAGUCUUCAUCUUCAUCCGAGGAGGAAUUUUUGUGAUGCAAAUGUAUUACUACUUUGAAUGUCUUGUUUUGAGAAGCCAAAUUCUUUAAGUGGCCCUGCCAACUAACCCAAACUACAUCUUUCAUCACCGAAAUCCAACCAGAACUCAACUCGCAGAACGAAGUGGGGGGGUAAGUCACUGUUGACGCACUACACUGCUGAUGGGGCUGUCCUACAUCUUCAUGUCUAAAAAAGCCAAACCCUUUAUCUCUUUAAAUCUAUACCUGGUUACGGAAAAAUCUUUUAUUUUUUCUUUCCAUAAUCCUAAGGAAUACCACACAAACAAACAAAAAAUUCCUUCGGAACAAAUGUAAAGCUUGACUCAGGAGUUAAUGGGGUGUCUUAUAUGUAGCUUGUGUACGGUAUGAAAAGAAAUGUGUAAAAUAAAAUGAUUUGUAAUUUAAGUAAUGAUUGUUCUCGAAUGGAUAAUGUCCUUAUUUCCUACUUUUUACUCUAUUUAAUAUCCUCCAUUGAGUUUUUAUCAGUGCUAUUUCAACGCAAAGUAGGAUCACCAGUUAAUUAUUUCUGACAUUCGCCAGCUUUCUAUACUAAACUGCAGUAUUUUUUGUUAGUUUUUCCACAAUCCUUCUGUGGCACUGUGUGCCUUAACUGAGCUUCCUAUAUAUCCAAACAUUUGUCAUACAACAGGAAGCCAAAUACUUGUAAUAAUGUGCCUUCAUCAGCGUCAUCAAAUAAAGACUAGACUUCU